GGUUUACAUGCCUCAAACGUGUAACACGCUAACUGGCGUUAAACAACAACGGCAUGUAGUAUAUUCUGUACAUCGUCAAAUACGGGUAAAUAAUAGAAAAAAGUCAACAAUCGAACUCUGAUAGUUCAUGGACCAAAGGUUGGUUAUAUAACACUCACGAUAGUACACUACUGAUUAAAUAAAACUAUUCAAUAACAUGUUGGAGGAAUACUUGUACGUUUUAAUACGUUUAUGUGCACGGAUAUAGAUGGCUGUCAUUACUAAUGUUCGCAUUGUAACUUAAUUGGCCUUUUCAUUCAAGCUUCAAGCCUUUACUCGGGAGACAAUGACCGUAAGUUAAUUUCAGCGUUAGUGCAAACUAAUUUUGACUGAGAUACAUAGUAUAUAGGAUAUAUAUCUGGAGGUGUUCAACAGAGGUAAUGAUUUCUCACACCAGCUUCAACAUAGAGUAAUCAUUACCAUCCCCGAACUUUGGCUAAAGUGAUAUCAAACAUAGCUUAAAGCAACGAUUCAUUUUGCUUUGAACGGAAAUCAGAUGUCACAGGUUCAAUUUUCUACAUCCUGUGAACAGUAAAGGUCUACAUGGAGGAUCACGUGCUGGUAGAAGUAGCAGAAUCCAUAUCAUUUAUUGAGAGAUGCAUGGUUGCCAUCGGAACAAACCCCUCCCAUGCUUCUCUCCUUGCCGAGCUCCUGGUAACAGCCGACCGUAGAGGGCACUACAGUCAUGGAAUAAAUCGCAUCGAUGUUUACCUCGGUAAUGUUGAACGAGGCGUGACUGCUAAGGAUGGCGAACCUGUUAUUAUCAAAGAGAUGGCUGGAACAGCUUGGGUAGAUGGGAAGAACUUGCUUGGUCCUAUCGUGGGUCAGUUCUGCGUAGACCUUGCAAUCGAGAAGGCUAAGCAAGCUGGUAUAGGAUGGGUUGUGGCAAAAGGUUCUAACCACUAUGGCAUAGCAGGUUGGUAUUCUAUGAGGAUAAAGGAUGCUGGUAUGAUUGGUUUGAGUUUCACUAACACAUCUCCUUGUGCCUUUCCUACCAGAUCGAGACAGAUUAUCACCGGUUCGAACCCCUUAGCAUGCAGUGCUCCUGCCGAGAACGGGGAUAGUUUUGACUUAGACAUGGCUACCACGACCGUGGCGUAUGGCAAGGCUGAAAUAUGUCAUCUAAAGGGACAAUCCUUACCAAAAGGAUGGGGUUGUGAUUCAGGCGGAAAGGAGACCUCUGAUCCACGUGAGGUACUUAACGGAGGGGGCCUUCAGCCCCUUGGAGGGGAGGAGAUAACGGGUGGAUACAAGGGAACUGGUCUUGCUCUUAUGGUGGAGGUGUUGACUGGUAUAUUGGGAGGGGCACACUUUGGUUCCAACAUCAGAAAGUGGCACGGUGGUGACAGAGAAGCUGACUUGGGUCAGUGUUUUGUGGCAAUAAAUUCUGAUGCAUUCGCUCCGGGAUUUUCAGAGAGGAUGACGUCAUUGAUGGCAUCGUGCAGAAAUUCUGAACCUGCAAAUGGGGAAACGGAGGUACUAGUUGCAGGCGAUCCAGAGAGAGUCCAUGUGGAGAAAGUAAGACAAGAAGGGGGAAUAACGUAUCACAAGAAUCUAAUAACGAAAUUGAAUGGCAUUUCAACAAGGCUAAAGGUGGAUCCAAUUGUUGUCAAGAAUCAUGACGCUUAAA